UAUGUUGAAGGUCACAAUUUCUGGUCUAUUUAUCAUUCUAUUGAAUUUUAUUCAUUUGGUUUCGUGCGAGUAUUAUGACUAUAUAAUAGUUGGAGCUGGACCUUCAGGACUUCAGAUGGGCUCUUUCCUAGAGGACAAAAAAAGAGACUACGUGAUUUUAGAAAGAGGAAGCUCACCCGGAACUUUCUUUAAAACAUUCCCAAGGCAUAAUACUUUAAUUUCUAUCAACAAAAGAUUCACUAGUAAAACUAAUAAAGAGUUUAAUCUUCGACACGAUUGGAAUUCUUUGAUUAGUAACGAUGAAACGUUAGUUUUCAAAGAGUAUAGCAAAGAUUUCUUCCCUCAUAAGGACGAUUAUCUACGAUAUUUAAUUGAUUUUGAAAAGAAAUUAGGGCUAAACACUCGCUUUAAUACAAAUAUUAUAUCAUCUCGAAAGAUUGACAAUGGUACCAUUGAACUAACUGAUGAAAAAGAAGUAACAUUCCUUUGCAAAUAUUUAAUUAUUGCAACUGGUAUAUUCAAACCUCUGAAAAUCCCUUUCAAUGGUAGCGAAUAUCUAACGUUCUAUGAUGAUAUGAUCUUAGAUCCACACUAUUAUGAGGGAAAAAAUGUCCUAAUACUUGGUAAAGGAAAUACUGCAAAUGAAGUUGCUACUUCUUUAUUCCCUUAUACAAAUGUUGUACAUAUGGGAAGUAGGAGUAGAGUGAAACUAUCCUGGUCAACGCAUUAUGUUGGAGAUUUAAGGGCCAUUAAUAACAACUUAUUAGAUAAUUAUCAAUUGAAAUCCUUAGACGGUAUAUUUGAAGUUGACGUUCAAGACUUAGCAAUUUUUAAGAGAGACGACGGACGUUUCAUGUUAGAAGAUCCCUUAUUAAAGUUUAGCGUCAAGGAAGAUAAUUUUGCUCUAAGAGAUCCGUAUGAUGUCAUAAUAUCCUGCCUUGGUUGGAUAUGGGAUGAAACGCCAUGGGUAGGAUUAAAUUUAAAGAAACAUAGAGACCAAAAGUUGCAAAAAUUUCCAAAGAUUAAUGAUAUGUACGAAGCAGUGGAUAAUUCGAAUAUUUACUUUGCAGGUGUAUUAACGCAUUCAUUAGAUUUCAAAAAAUCGGCUGGAGGUUUUAUUCACGGUUAUAGGUAUACUACUAGAGCCUUACACAGGUUAUUGGAGUGGAAGAAUCAUGGUGUUGUCUGGCCUCAUCAACCUGCAGAACCAUUUAAUCAGCUUGUACCUUGGAUCAUUAAAAGAGUAAAUGAAGCUUCUGCACCUUACCAAAUGUUUCAGGUGCUUGGAGAUGUCAUAGUUAUCAACGAAAAAGAGGAAACGUUUGAAGUGUAUGAAGAAUAUCCCCUAGCCUCUCUUGAUGAAUUUGAAAUUAGGACAGGUCGAAAGGUUACGUCCAUUAUUGUAGUGGUUUUUGAGUAUGGGGAUGGAUUUUCAAGUGCCGAAAAUGAUCCGUUCAAGUAUAAUCGAUCUGUUGGUUCACCGGAAGAGGCUCAUCUGAGCAAUUUUCUCCACCCGUUGCUGUACUAUUAUAAGAAUUUACCAACAAAGUCAGAGAUGAUUAGGACGAAACGACGAGGAAGUUUAAAAUUACCAUUGCCAGAUAGACUUCAUCAUAUCGUUGAAGAUUUCUUAACGAAUUUCGAUACCCGUUAUAGUCACGUUAUACCAUUGAGGCGAUUUGUCGAACACGUUUUAUCAACGGAUCUUCGAAGUUUUUCCGAAGAAGAUUGUAUUCUAGAAGCUUUUACCGGACUUAACGUUCCCCACGACUGCAGAGCAUUUUACUUUAAAGAUUUCGAAUUCAAUCAAUCAUAA